CCGGCAAGGCGGAGGCACUGCGGGGCGAUGCCCCGACUCUCCGCCGCCGCCUCGGCCUCCUCCUGCGCCGGGGGCUCGGAGCUGCGGAGCUGCGGUGCCAUGUCCGCAAAGUUCCGGGAGGCAGCGGCUGCCUACACCCCGAGGUCCCGCCGCGGCGCCUUUUGUGCGAGACAAAAGGAGUCUUGUGGAAGAUGGAGCUGUGUCCAUUUUCCAGAAUGUGUAUUGGAGGCCAUCAGUGGAACCUGACCUGACAGCGCUGUAUGGAAAUGCCCGAAGAGGACCCACACUUCUGCCUGAACCUGCCAUCCUCCUAAAAACAUGGUUGUCUCGGGAGUGUUGACUGCUCCGGCAGUGUUGACUGCACCCCAUACGGGGCCAUCCAACACGACAUUUGUAGUCUAUGAAAACUCCCAUGUGAAUACGACUCCUCUACCAUUUCAGCAUCCUAGCCCUGGUCCACUACUUAGAUACAGCCUUGAAACUAUGGCUAGCACUGGAUUUAGUUCCUUGGCAGUGAACAGCACAGCUGUGACCCCAACACCAGCAGUUUUUAAGAGCCUAAACUUAGCUGUCCAGAUUAUCCUUUCGGCUAUAAUGAUAUUUAUUCUGUUUGUAUCUUUCCUGGGAAACUUGGUUGUUUGCCUCAUGGUUUACCAAAAAGCUGCCAUGCGAUCUGCGAUUAACAUCCUCCUGGCCAGCCUGGCUUUUGCAGACAUGCUGCUAGCAGUACUCAACAUGCCCUUUGCCCUGGUAACUAUUCUUACUACCAGAUGGAUAUUUGGGAAAUUCUUCUGCCGGUUGUCUGCUAUGUUUUUCUGGUUGUUUGUCAUAGAGGGAGUAGCCAUCCUGCUCAUUAUUAGUAUCGAUAGGUUCCUGAUUAUAGUUCAGAGGCAAGAUAAGCUAAAUCCAUACAGGGCUAAGGUUCUCAUCGCAGUCUCCUGGGCAACUGCUUUUUCUGUAGCUUUUCCUUUGGCCGUGGGAAACCCUGAUCUGCAGAUACCUUCUAGAGCCCCACAGUGCGUGUUUGGGUACACAACCAAUUCUGGAUACCAGGCUUAUGUGAUUUUGGUUUCACUCAUUUCCUUCUUUAUACCUUUUCUGGUGAUAUUAUAUUCGUUUAUGGGCAUCCUCAACACCCUUCGGCACAAUGCCUUGAGGAUUCAUAGCUACCCUGAAGGGAUAUGCCUCAGCCAGGCCAGCAAACUGGGUCUCAUGAGUCUACAGAGACCCUUCCAAAUGAGCAUCGACAUGGGCUUUAAAACACGUGCCUUCACCACCAUCUUGAUCCUCUUUGCCGUCUUCAUUGUCUGCUGGGCCCCAUUCACCACCUACAGCCUCGUGGCUACCUUCAGUAAGCACUUUUACUAUCAGCACAACUUCUUUGAGAUUAGCACCUGGCUACUGUGGCUCUGCUACCUCAAGUCUGCAUUGAACCCACUGAUAUACUACUGGAGGAUUAAGAAGUUCCACGAUGCCUGCUUGGACAUGAUGCCCAAGUCCUUCAAGUUCUUGCCAAGGCUCCCUGGUCACACAAGGCGACGGAUUCGCCCCAGUGCUGUCUACGUCUGUGGGGAACAUCGGACGGUGUUGUGAAUGCCUGAACUCUUGAUAUACAUCGAAUGAUUCUGGUUCUUUAUUGACUGAGAUAUUUUUCCAUAUGGCUUCUAAAGUUGUAUUGGUUUUUAUAGUGUGUGUGCAUGUGUGUGGGAGUGUCAAAGGGAUGGUAAAUACUUUGAUCCUGAAACCAAGGAUAUACUAUAAGAAAAUGGUUACAUAUGUUUACCUCUAGGAUAAGAAAAUUUUAGCGUGUGUGUGUCCAGGGUGGAUUUUGUUAGUUCAAUUGACUGGUUUUAUUUUUGUAGCAUGAAUCAGGAUUGUGCUUCAUUGAACCUGCAGUUAACUUGAAUUGUAGGUGUUUUUUAUGCUGCUGAGGUAAGCUUGGUUGAAUUAUCAGUUCCUUUCCCUCUCCUACAAGCCAGUACUGCUCAUUGCUAUCAUGUUGGAGUCAAGUCCCUCUGCCUCUCAGUUGGUAGAUGUUUAGUUUUAUUUAAAAACAAAAUCCAAGGAAGUUAGUGGCUUUUUAAAGGUUAUUACAGUUUACUUUGGAGCACUUUAAGAGACAAUGUACAGGUUCAUUCAGUCGUAUUUCUUAGGGUUGUUUUUAAUUCAUGACAUGUGCUGUGGGAGAUAUGCGCUUAUGAAGUCUAGGUAGACAGCUUUUUAUUAAAACGUUUUAGCUGCAUGUACAAUUUUAAAAGGAACAUAAACCCGUAGGGAUGUUCCUAAGCACAGUGGUGAGUUUUCAGAGUGCCUGGGAAACACUGAGGAGGUACAGUACGACGGUGAACUUCAGGGAGGUGCAGGCGAGGGUGGCUGGUCCAGCCUGUGGCCAUCCUGCUGAUGCAAACAUCGUCACCAACUCAGAGUGGAGGGAUCACCCCCUCUGCAGUGCGCAGUAUGCAAGGCAUUGUGCAGUUUCAUCCUCGUGGCUUUUUUGUGAGGUAGGCAUCCUUUAUUUCCUUUUUAAGCCAAGUGUCAGAGGGACAGAAAUCCUGCCCAAGGAUUUUGGAUGAGCUGGGCUCCAGACAUCUGAGAUGCAGGCACGGCACGGCUUUUCCAUUGUUCCUUCUAGAUUCCUCUGUCACAGUCAAAGGAGACUUCACAUACUCUUUUUUUGCACUCUCUCUCUCUCUCUCUCUCUCUCUCUCUCUCUCUCUCUCCCUCCCUUCUUCCCCCUCCCUUUCUCUCUUCCUCCCUCUCUCUCCCCCCCCUCCCCCUCCCUUCCUUCCUCCCUCCCUCCCUCCCUCCAUUCUCCUUCUUCUUUCUGAGACAGCAUUGCAUGAAGCUCAAGUAUGCCUUGAAGUUGCUAUGAGUCUGGGAGAGACCUGGAGUUUCUAAAGGAAACAAACAGCAGGCCCAGCCUUUCAGAUGGAUAUCAAAAAUCUGACGAUGAAUAUAUACUUGAUCUAUAAAGCAAGUGACUGACAGUUCCUGAGUGCUCGGUUCACCUGCGUGCGGGUCUUACCCUGGAAGCUUUGGAAGUUUCCAGCCAUCUAGCUGAUCAGUAGUUGGGCCUUUUGCCUCAGUACUCACCUCAGCAGAGCUGAAGUAGUGAACAAACUCAGGUAAGUCUUCCACAGAGAAGAGAAGAUAAACCCUGGUCUGAGCUUAGAUUAACUUUAAUAGGUUGAGCUUUGGAUUUCUCAUUCUUUUUUUUCUUUAGUUGUCUGCCUGUUCUGGUGCAUCCAGAGCCUUGGCCUGCUUCUCUCUGUUACUGGUAGUAACACGGCACAGCCAGCGGGAGUGGAACUGCAGACUGAAGGCAAAAGGGCUGAAAGAAAGUGAGGCCUUCUGACUGCGUUCUGAGCUAAGGCAGUGUCUAAACUCAGAUGUAUAGCACCUUUUCAGAAUUUUACUGCUUUCUGAGCCAUUGGGAAAAACAAGCCUGCAUUUCUUCAGUUAUAAAAACUCAAGUUAGAUCACGAGCCUUGCUAAGGCUUUACCCAACCCUGAGGCUUUUUAGUUGCUCUUCCUGCUCUCCACAUAUGCAAGUAUAGUUGGAAGAGCCCAGCCAAUGGCGUAACUCUUGUCUGGUCUCCUGUAUUACUUUACAUUUGCUUUGUUAGCUCUUUUCUUAAAAUGGGUGUCUGAAGCUCUCUGGCAUCAUGAUCAGGAAAUGCAAUGUUGGAAAUUUGUUUACAGCACCAAACACCUGGGAAAUCCUGCUCUUGAGGCAAUUUAAGGCAGUUGCAAAGGUGUUGUAAUUCACCAUCUGCCUAAAUAGCUUUAGGGACUAGUGAACGCUAUUCGCCACCUAUGUUGAGGUCACUGCAUACGAUAGCCACCUACCUCUUUAAUUUCUAAUUUAUAUUUAGCACAGGUAAAUAUGUCUUUGUCCAUUGCGAUCACAAAGGACUGUAGUAGAUAUUAGCAGCACAUUGAAGUGCAUUUUGCUUUCCAUUGCUGAUAUAAGCUGGAUUUUAGGCAGAUGUUCAUACAGUUGUUAAAAGUUCAACUUUCAGGAAAGACAGCGCUGUGAAUAUUGAUGCAUACUGGUAGCUUUUGAGACUCUUUUGUGACUGUAGUUGAACUGGGUUUCGCAUUCUGUAUUCUUGCUUAUGUGCAGUUGAGGUUCUCUUCUGGUUCGUAGGCAGCUACACUCCGUGAGGGCUCUGGGGAGACUACAGAGCUAACAUGAACAACCAUGGGGAAGGAGACAUUGAAUAGGAGCUCUCUUUACACUGGAUAAUCUGGUCAGACUACAGUUUACAAAUCACUUUAAAUAUUUUUAUUAUAUGUACAUUUUGAAAGUUUUAGGAAAAAAUACUGUGGUGAACCGUUAAGGAAUUUGGGUAUAAAAUUGCAUGUUACCUAUUAUUCCAUGUUUUCUUGAUGGGGAAAAUACCACUACAGACCACUGCUGACUGACAUAAGCAGAAAUUACUUACUUUUCCUCCUAGCUAAUAUGAUGCAUGAAAGAGAUAAGAAAAAUAUUUGUUGUUAAAGAACAAGACAGAGUAAAGAGAAAUUUCAAAUAGUUUGCAGUAGUGAUAUUUAAAUUUUACACAUGUUUGGUUAUCCUCAGGAAGGUUAAUGAUACAAAUUCCUGGGCCCUUGGGUCAAUGGUUGGAUGCAGGCAUGUUGAUUUUCUUUUCCGUUGAGUAUUUUGCCUGAUUCUGGUUCAGAUGGUCCCCAAAGCACAGUUACAAGAAGCACUCCUAUAGAAAAUAAGACUAUCAUUUAAACACUGUCUAUUUUAUAUUAAAGUCGUUGUGUGUUGGGAGUCAGGGGAGAAAUAUGUAAUGAAAGGAAGUCUACAUGGUGUCUGUCUGUCUGGUUGUCCUGUGCGCUGGCGCAGAUUUGGACAGCACCAGUUUUCUCUCUUUUUACUGGUGAAGUCAGAUGAACCAUGUGGUUUCACAGUAGGGGUCAACAAAUGACUCACUAAUUGUAAGUCAUGACUUCCACAACACCAAUUAGUAUAGUAUUUUUUUCCUGCAGAUGUCUCUAUAGGGCAUCUCUUCAUUAUAUGUAAUUUCCUGGAGAGAGUGAGAGAAAUAUAAAGGCUCAUCUAAUUCCUAUUUCUCUGCUCAGACCAGUUGUUCAGCUGAAACAGGAGGUAAAAUAAAAUAACCUUUAAAUCUUUGUACUCUUGCUGGUAACAAAGAUAUGUAAUUUCUUUGAUCUUUGCUUUGUUUACAUGAGAAUGUGUAGGUAUAGAUCACAAACAUUUCCACCUGCUAGCUAUUGUAGCCUGUCAUGAUUUGUAUUUGACUUUAAAUAACUACUAGAUUCAAAUUUAUUUCCAUAACCAUAAUUUUGAUGAACUGAACUUCAACUUCAUUGAAGACGCAACUUUUAUAAUAAUAAAAAUAUCAAAGCACAGGUUUGUUAUUACAAAUAAAUGUAAGUACAUUUCUUAGCUAUCUAUAGGUACUUGUCAUUUGUAAUUAAAAUUAAUUUAUUUUAAAAUGGCACCGAGCCUUUAAAUGAAUGAAAAGCUUUUAAUUUGGGGAUUGUAACAUUUAAAUAUCGAAAGUAUGUUUAUUUGUUAAUAUUCUUA